AAGGGCGUGGUUAGAUAACCGCUGGCCAAUAGAAUCCGCUAUUUGCUGCCUAUAAAACUUCAGCGGCCCUAAUCAGUGGCGCAGUUGUUCGAGGAGUUUCCAUUGGUGGUAGAGAAGGUCACGGUGGAGGUCUCACAAUGUCGUCUCCAGAAAUCUCCAAGCUGUCUUGGGGCAGUAUGAAGGUUGCGGGUGAAAUGUAUAAGGAUUGCAAAGUCUGGCCUGGAGGCAGCAGGACAUGGGACUGGAGAGAGACUGGAACAAAUCAUCACCCUGGUGUACAGCCAGCUGACCUAGAGGAAGUAGUGAAAAAAGGUGUGAAGACGCUUGUAAUAGGCCGUGGCAUGAGCGAGGCUUUGCAGGUACCAGCUGCCACUUUGGAAUAUGUCAGAGCGCAAGGGAUUGAUGUUUUGGUGUUCCAGACAGAGAAGGCAGUAAAAGAGUAUAACACUCUGGUUUCACAAGGUGUAAAAGUAGGAGGCGUGUUUCAUUCUACCUGUUAGUUUAAACCCCGGCACAGCAAGGCCUUACUAAGGGCAACCGCGUACAUUUAAUAUAUGAAUAGAAUAUCGUGUAUAAAAUACACUAAAGUAACAAUCAGGAUUUAAUUGUAUUUGCAUUUUCUAAUUGAUGUUGUCCUUAGGCAAUCUCUUUAUUUAAAACUUGCAUGUUUGCUUUGGUGCAGUAUUGUGGUAUGGGAGAAGCAGUGAGUAAUGGAUCUAGAAAAUAAAUGGGGGAAGCAGAUUUCACGCUUUCACAAAAUGUUAGACAAUGCACUAUUCUUGCUUGUACCACAAUUAUGUUUGAGAGUUUUCAAACCCUGCUUGUUUAGCUAUAUCACUAAUCUUAAAGGCAUAUAAAAGUUAAAGGGACUUUAACGUCAAAACUAAACUAUUUUGAUUCAGAUAGAGCAUGCAGUUAAAAAAAAUCAAUUUCUAAUUGACUUCCAUUAUUUAAUUGUGCAGUCUUUUUAUAUGCACUCUUUCUGAGGCACCAACUCCUACUGAGCAUGUGCAUACAUAGAGUAUUCAUAUGAGUCUAUGAUUGGCUGAUGGCUGUCAAAUGAUAUGGAGUCAGGGAAAUAGGCCGUUUUUUUAAAAAUGUAUCAGAAAAAAAUCUACUCAUUUGAAAUUCAGAGUGAGUGCUAUUGCUGUAUUAUGUAUUUGUUGAUUAGACAUUUUCACUUAAUUUAAUGGUACUUAAAGUGAUGGUAAAUUUGUAACAAAAUAACAAUAAAGUAUGAUUUCUAAAGCUAA